AUGGAUUCUCCCUCGGAUUCCGUCUUUGAUGACGACGGCGCCAGCUCAGAUUUUGUCCCUGAGGCUCCUAAACCAAAGGCAAAGGCUGCCAAAAAGAGAGCCACUACCGCCAGCAAAGCAAAAGCACCAGCUAAGAAUACGACCAAGGCUUCUGCGAAACCGAAAGCUGCCCCAAAAUCCGCAGCAGCAUCCAAGAAGAAGGCCAAGGUAGACACGGAGGAUGAAUUUUCUGAGAUCGAUAGAUCCCCCACACUAGACGAUGCAUCAGUCCUCUCAGCCACCCCCCCAAAUGCUGCUGCUUCAAAUAAGGGAAAGAACGCUGCGGGUGCCAAGAAGUCUGCCGCGAACCCGCUCUCAAAUGUGGAAAAUGAAUCAUUCGGAACGGAUGGCGUCGCUGCGCCAACAGAUAGCAGCGAGAGGUACCAGAAACUCACCCAACUAGAACACAUCAUCAAACGCCCAGACACCUACAUCGGGUCCAUCGAGCGGUCUACCAGUCAAAUGUGGGUAUACAACUCGGAAUCUGAAGCAAUGGAGUACAGAGAGGUCUCCUACGUCCCCGGUCUCUACAAAAUAUUUGACGAGAUCCUUGUCAAUGCCGCCGACAACAAGCACAAUGACAAAAACAUGGACGAAAUCCGAGUCACUCUAAACAGGGAAUCGGGUGAAAUAAGUGUCUGGAAUAAUGGUCGUGGUAUUCCAAUCGAGAUACACGCGAAAGAGAAACUCUACAUUCCCGAAUUGAUCUUUGGCCACCUUCUCACCUCGUCCAACUACAAUGACAUGCAGCAAAAGGUAACUGGUGGGCGAAACGGCUACGGUGCGAAACUUUGUAAUAUCUUCAGUACGGAGUUUACCAUCGAAACAGCGGACUCGAGGCAAAACAAGAAAUACAAGCAAACUUGGACGAAUAACAUGUCCAAGAUGGGCAAGGCAAAGAUUACUGAUUGUAAGGGUCAGGAUUACACCAAGGUCACAUUCACGCCAGACUUCAAAAAGUUUGGAAUGGAGGGAGUCGAUGAUGACUUCGAGGCCCUGGUAAAACGUAGAGUUUAUGACAUGGCAGGAACUUGUAAGGUCAUUGUGAAACUUAACGGGUCUCGUAUUCCCGUCCGCAAUUUCAAACAGUACAUGGCGAUGUAUACCAAUGCCAUCAAAAAGGAACGGGGCGAGGAAGCCGCCAAAGACAAAACUGAAAUCCUCCUUGACAAUCCGGACCCUCGCUGGGAAGUCGGCUUUGCCGUAUCCGAUGGCUCGUUUCAGCAGGUGUCCUUUGUCAACUCUAUUGCGACAACAUCGGGUGGUUCUCAUGUCAAUGCAGUUGCCGACCAGAUAUGUAACAGACUUGCCGAAACAGUGAAGAAAAGGAACAAGACUGGCGCAAGCCUCAAACCCGCCCAAAUCCGGAACCACAUAUUCGUAUUCGUCAACUCUCAGAUUGUCAAUCCUGCAUUUACCUCACAAACCAAGGAACAGUUGACAACGAAGCCGAGCCAAUUUGGAAGCAAGAUCGUGCUGUCAGAGGAAUUUCUCAAAAAGGUCAUCAAAACCCAAGUUAUGGAAAAUAUUAUGCAUUUCGCUGAGAAGAAAGCGGAUCAAAUCCUUAAGAAGUCGGACGGCAAUCGACGAUCACGCAUGAACAAUCCAAAACUUACAGAUGCCAACAAAGCUGGAACUAAAGAGGGCCACCACUGUACUCUCAUUCUUACUGAAGGAGAUUCCGCAAAGGGAUUGGCUAUGGCCGGUCGAGCAAUAGUUGGACCUGAUCUAUUUGGCGUGUUCCCCCUUCGAGGAAAGAUGCUCAACGUCCGGGAUGCCUCUGUCGAUCAGAUAUCCAAAAAUGCGGAAAUCCAGAACAUCAAGAACUUCCUUGGACUACAGCACAAAAAGGAGUACACUGACACGAAGGGCCUCCGCUAUGGGCAUCUUAUGAUCAUGACUGAUCAAGAUCAUGACGGUAGCCAUAUCAAGGGUUUAUUAAUCAACUUCCUUCAGGUGGCAUUUCCAAGCCUGCUUAAAAUCCCACAGUUCUUGAUCGAAUUUAUCACCCCUAUCGUCAAAGUGUGGAAAGGAGAUCCCAAAAAUCCAAUCAUUUCCAAAUCUUUCUUUACAAUGCAAGAGUAUGAGACAUGGAAGGAGAUUCAUGGCCACGAUCGCCGGUGGGAGAAGAAGUACUACAAGGGUCUGGGUACCAGUACGACAGAAGAUGCUGAGAUCUAUUUCCAAGACUUGGAUAAGCAUCUCAAACAAUUCCAUGUCAUGCAGGACAAUGAGGCGCAACUUAUAGACCUCGCAUUUUCCAAAAAGAAAGCUGAUGAACGAAAAGAGUGGCUCCGUCAAUUUAAACCGGGCACUUUUCUCGACCAUACGACGGAAGAGAUCACCUACACCGAUUUUAUUAAUAAGGAAUUGAUUCUAUUCAGUAUGGCUGACAACAUACGAUCCAUACCUUCUGUUGUUGACGGCUUGAAGCCCGGUCAACGGAAAGUCUUAUAUACCUGUUUCAAACGCAACGUCAGAAAGGAUAUCAAAGUUGUUGAACUUGCCGGAUAUGUUUCUGGAAUGACUGCCUAUCAACAUGGAGAUGUCUCACUGCAACAAACCAUCGUGGGCCUUGCUCAGACUUUUGUGGGAUCAAACAAUGUCAACUGCUUGGAGCCAAGUGGAAACUUCGGUAGCCGUCUACAAGGAGGAUCUGACAGUGCAAGCGCACGUUAUAUAUAUACUCGACUUUCACCUUUCGCGAGACGGAUAUUCCAUCCUGCGGACGAGCCUCUCUUAACAUACAAUGUCGACGACGGGCAUACCAUUGAGCCUGAGAUUUAUGUUCCAGUCGUUCCCUUAGUUUUGAUCAACGGCGCCGACGGUAUUGGAACGGGUUGGAGUACUUCCAUCCCUAACUACAAUCCAGAGGACAUUGUCGCAAACUUGAAGUGUCUCAUGGAUGGGGAACCGCUUGUACCUAUGCAACCUUGGUUCCGAGGUUUUACCGGCGAGGUCGUCUCACUUGGCGGGGAGCGAUACAAAUUCAGCGGAAGAAUCUCACAAGUCGGCGAAAAUGAAGUUGAAAUCACCGAGCUGCCCAUCCGGUGUUGGACUCAAGACUUCAAGGACAGACUUGAGGAAAUCAUCAAGGCAGAAAAGGUCCCCUCAUUCAUCAAGGAUUACAAGGAUUACAAUACCCACACCAAGGUCCACUUUGUAAUUCAGUUAGAUGAGAAGCAUGCCGCGAAGGCAAUCGCUGAAGGUCUGGAGGAGAAGUUCAAGCUGUCCAAGACGAUUGCCACUUCAAAUUUGGUUGCUUUCGAUCCAGAAGGUCGGAUUACCAAAUAUGACUCACCUGAGGAUAUCCUAAGAGAGUUCUAUUCUGUCAGAAUUAAGUUUUAUGAAAAACGAAAGCAAUAUCAACUUUCGCAGUUGCAACGGGAUCUCGACAAACUAAGCAACCAGGCUCGAUUUAUUCAGAUGAUCAUCGACGGGAAACUUGUCAUAUCCAAGAAGCCCAAGGCAAAGCUCAUCCAGGAGUUGAAAGAAAAGGGGUUCAAAGCCUUCUCCAAAAUUUCAGAUGCUGCCAAAGCGGGUGAGACUGCCCCGGUUGUCGAAGAGGAUGAUAAUGAUGAAAAGAGCGAUAGCGACGAUGCAGAACUUGGAGCUGAUUCUUAUGACUAUUUGUUUGCGAUGCCUCUGUGGUCCUUGACUCAGGAAAGAGUCGAAAAACUCCGUCGUCAGAUUGGAGAGAAAGAAAUAGAGGUUGACAACCUUAUCAAAUUGUCAAAGGAAGAUAUCUGGAGGAAAGAUCUUGAUGAUUUUAUCGCGGAGUGGAAAUUCCAGCUCGAAGAUGAAGGUCGUCGCCGAGCCAAGAGCGCUAAGAGUGUUCGUCGAGUGUCCUCGAAGCUCAAGACUGCUGUCAAAGGCCCUAAAAAACGCAAAGCUGCCCAUGAUGAUGAUAGCGAUUUCGAUCUUCCUAAACCGAAGAAAUCAUCCAAAGCGACGACGGUUAAUCGCGCAAAGCCCCAAAGCAAUCUUCUCAGCUAUCUUAGUAAACCUGCUCCCAAUCCUAAACCGGCUCAAGGCGUGGGUGUAGAUGACGCGAGUGAAUUGGUUGAAGGAAAAUCAGAAAGACCGCCACUCAGAAAGCCAAGAGCUGCCGCAUCCAAAGCAGCGAGACUUGUUGAGCUCGAUGGGUUGAGUGAUUUCGAUGAAUUCGAACCAGAAGUAAUGCCUGCUCAAAAAUCCAGAGCAGCUUCACCAGCCCUCAAACCUGCCGACACUAUAAAUCUUGGUAAACCAGGCAAACUUAACGAUUUGGAGGAGAUGGUGGCGCCUUCGAAGAAAUCGGAUCCUCAAGCCUUGAAGCGGGAAUGGUCAGUUUCAGAUGAAAGCGAUUUUGUUGAGCCGAAGCCUGCGCCUUUGCCCGGAAAAAGGGCUCCUAGAAAAGCAGCUCCUCCGCCUCAGAAGGUACCGCUGAAUGACAGGGAUAAUUCGGAUGUGGAAAUUAUUUCGAGGACACCCCAACGUCAAGCAAAAACAAAUAGAAAACCAAUUACGUUCGAUGAUUCGACUGGAUCUGACAGUGAUAACAACGUCGACUUGCUGGGAGAUGUUAGUCAAAUGGUCAAAGGAAUUGGUGGGACGGCUGACCCAUUAUCCGAGUCACGAACCCUCUUCUCUGAACUUUCGCGUCCUGGAACCAGCGCUGGAUCCAAACCGACAACAAGAACUCCCAAAGCCGUUAAUACCGAGUUUGAUCCUGAUGAAACAGAUUACUCUAAGUUGAUUCCACAGAAUUCACCCAGGAGGUCUCUUCUGGUGAAGCCGAAGGAUUCAAAGCAUUCCAAUGAUGAGGAUGAGGACAAUGAAGUGGAAGAAGUUGCUCCCUCUAAGCCAGUAACUUCAAAAUCGAUUUCUUCCAAAGCGAAAGCUGGUACCGCAAAGGCCGCCGCAAAGACAAACAAAGCAUCCGCCAGCACAACACAGUCCAAAGGCAAAAAGGUUGCAGCCAAGCACACUGCAGCGCCAGCCAAGAAAACAGUUCUUUCCCCCGCAGCCAAGGCAUAUGCUGCGAAAAAGGCCAAAGCGAAGAUGCUAGCUGACGGGCUUUCCGAUGACGAUAUCGAUGCAAUGGCCAAUGACAUCCUCGACUCUCCUACUGUUAGGAAGCACAACGAUUCGGAUGCUAGUGAUGAUUUAGUUGCUCCAGUGGCCAGUAGGAAAGCUAGUCCGCCGGCUAGGGUAGGUCGUCCGGCUCGCCGGGCCGCAACGACGGCGAGGAAACCUACGUAUGUAAUUGAGGAUGAUAGCAAUGAGGAUGAAGAUGAGGAUGAUUUUGAUGAUGGGUCGAGUGAUGAAUUUGCUGAUAUCGACUAA